GCAAUUGUUCGAAAGCCGUGGGUUCUUGUUUAUUACUGGCAUGUACUUAUGUCGGUAGCCUUUACAUUUGGCGUACAAAAUUUCACAGGACUCAUGAAUUGAUCACCACACUACUACUGGGAAUAGUAUGACUGCCUAUACUUUUAUAGGCAUCUGCUGGUGUGGCACUGUCUGGUUGGUUGGAUGAGAUUCAAUCACAAUGGAUCAUCCAACCACAAUAAAGAAGAGAUUUGUGAGUGUCUUGAUAAUGGGAGUUGUUUCUCCUUUGUUUGUUGUUUUUUGUUCAGAGAAAACAUACUUUGGAGAGAGAGGUAGUCUUCCAACAUUACUUGGCUUCAGAUGGAAGGGUUUGCUACAAGCUUUUGUCCUUCCUCUAGGCCUAACAAUGGUGCUGUUCUCUGGUCCAUUACUACUUCAUUAUUUGGAUGGAGUUUGUGGCUUAUACUUAAAAUCCAGGUACUGGAUGUCAAACUUGAGGAACUUAAUAUGGCUAAGGAACCAUAUUGUGGCUCCAUUUUCUGAAGAGUUUACUUUUCGAGCCUGCAUGCUUCCAAUACUGGUGCCUUGUUUUGGUGCUUCACUUUCCAUUGUUAUCUGCCCACUUUUCUUCGGAGUUGCUCAUCUACAUCAUUUAAGAGAAAGAAUGGAGAGAUCAACUAAUACCACACAUGCUGUGUUUCAGUCAUUAUUUCAGUUUCUGUAUACUAGUCUGUUUGGAGUCUACUCAGCAUAUUUAUUCUUGAGAACAGGUCAUUUUAUGGCACCGUUUAUAGCACAUGCUUUUUGUAACCACAUGGGCUUUCCCGAUUUCAUUGAAGUGUUAAGCUACAAGCAACCAGUCCGUACCUUUUUAGUUAUCUUGUUUUUGCUGGGUUUCUUUGGGUGGUUGGUAUUACUGGAACCACUUACAAAACCUGCAAUAUUCAGUAAUUUGGUAUAUGUCUGAAAUUAUUUUUAUAAAUGAAAAGUAUUUCUUUCACACUAAUAUUUAUUUUGAAGACUGUUUAAAAAUGUUCAUUUCAUUCAUCAUUGUAAGAGACUUUGCAUAAUUUGCUGUUUUUAUGAUACAACUUACCUAUAUUGUAUUAGAAACAUAUGUUAACAUAUCAAUAGAGUUUAUGGAAGAAAUAAGAGCUACUAAAAUAUGUAUGCUGGAAACAUUUAUUUGUACUAAUUGGACAGAAAAUCCACCAAGUACCACCUAUAGCUUCUUUUAAAAAUUUAAAAAAUUUUUUCAAUAAUAACAGCGUAUGACAGUAAUUAAUCAUUUUGCUAGUAUCAAAAUAGCUGAAAACGUCAAAACUAUAAAUCUUCCAGGAAUAUUAUAUAGAAUUUAUAGCAACAAAAAUUAUUUGUUAUUUUAAUAAUCAGUAACAAAAAAUGUUAAUAUGAAUUUUUUCAUCAUUUUAAUACAGUGUUAUCUCAAAAACUAUAAAAAAAACACAAUGGGAUAAGCUAGUAUAACAUGUAAAGAUUUAUCUAGUAUAGAGGCAGCUGAGUUGGUUGUAUUUUAAUUGUGAUAUACAAUUAAAAUUAUCACUUCAUCAUGAUAAAGAAUUAGUUUUGUCGUUGAUCUUAAAAUGAAAAUCACACAGGGUAUUUUUUAAAUCCAGUUAGAUUUGUACCUGGAGCUCCUUGGGCACAAACUUAAAGUAAGAAAUGUAACAUAAACUUUAUAAGCCCGACUUCAUUUUUUAUAGGUUAUUCUAGAAAUAAAGAUAUAUGUAUAAAUGAUUUUUUCCAUGUGAAUUUUUGUUUUCUUUAUUUGACUACAGUUUGCCAGUGAUGAACUUUGAGAUUGAUUGAGUAGGAUAAGUAAUGCAAAAAUCAUCUUUGUUAAGUUAUCAGUGUUUUAGUUAUGUUCCUUCAGCAUAUAACUUUACUCCUUUGAUGAAUUGUCGAAUAAGAACACGUAUCAAAUUUAUUUGCAACAAUGAGAGAAAAAUUAUUACAAGUUUAAAGUUACUUGAAUAUAAAAACUAAUGAAAGGAGUUAAUAGUUUACUUGUAUAUUUUUUAUUUGCAUUAUAAAAGAAAAUGCAUAGUUUACUGACCAGCUAAAAAAUACCAAGUAGUUGUUUCUUUAUUUUGAAGAGUCAUGUUAUAUAAAGAAAUAGGGGAAAAAAAAAACUUGAGGCAUCUUGUGAGGGCUGUCCUAGCUUUUGGUCUCAUAACUUGCCACUAGACUGUCAAAAAGUCCAACUGAAUACAUUGGUUUGAUCAGUUAUAGUCCUCUACUCUCAAUUUUAAGUAUUUUUAUCAAUCAGUCGUUUAUUUUCACAGCCAUAUUUAAACAUUCAUAGUUUCAUUCUCAAGACUGGAUACUUUAUUUUUGGUGAAAAUUUAAUAAAAGAAGCUUGCGUUAAUAACAUAA